GGGCACUGACGCCUGUCUGUUUGGGAUCAGCGAGUGAAAAAGAAAUCCGUCAAAGAAGAGACGAUGGCGAGGGGAAGUCGGAGUCUGAAGAAAGUGGCCGAGUGCUUUAAACAGUUACCUUCAACAGCAAGCCGGGAACUACCGGCUAGAAACAACGUAAGAUACCUGUCGUCAUGCGGGAUCCUGAUGACCCGCGUGCCUCCGCUGAUCGGUGCCGCCAUGACGGGCCGAGGCGUCACGCUGCCCGUGCGCAGCUUCUUCAACCUCGCCAACUCCCUCUCCAAGAAGAAGGAGUACUCAGAGAGACGCAUCAUUGGGUAUUCCAUGCAGGAGAUCUACGAGGUGGUGGCCGAAGUGGAAAACUACCGCCUCUUUGUGCCCUGGUGUAAGAAGUCUGAUGUCGUGUUCAAACGAGCCGGAUUCUGCAAGGCCAAACUGACUGUGGGCUUCCCUCCUGUGGUUGAGAACUACACCUCCCUUAUUACCUCAGUGCGCCCCCACAUGGUCAAGGCGUCCUGUUCAGAGGCUAAACUCUUCAACCACCUGGAGACGGUUUGGCGCUUCAGUCCUGGCCUCCCGGGUUACCCUCGGACGUGCACUGUGGAUUUUUCUAUCUCCUUCGAGUUUCGCUCUCUCCUGCACUCCCAGCUCGCCAACGUCUUCUUCGACGAGGUGGUGAAGCAGAUGGUGUCUGCGUUUGAGCGUCGCGCCUCAAAGGUGUUCGGUGCAGAGACGCAAAUCCCGCGAGAGCUCAUGUUCCACGAGGUUCACCACACGUAGCGCCUCCCCCUCCCCCCUGCUGCACCAACCCCGACACACAAUGCCCGGCGCCAGAGAGACAAAGAAGAGACUCCAUGUGUUCACAGAGAAACCUGCAGUGCCUUUCUCACACCUAUGACCAAGUUCAUUCCCAACAGUUCACCCAACAUGUUUUUUAUAAACAAUGUUGCUCCACCAGCUCAACAA